AUGCCAUCCGUCUUACCCAACUUUCUACAAGGUUCUCCACCGCGUUCCCCCCAUGUCGAGCGAAACAACUUUUUCACCUCUUGGGUAUCCGGUUCAUCCUCUCCAACCCAUUCACCCCAUUAUCAGCAAAUCCAACAUAACACUACUUCAUCUCAAGGUAGUAGUAGGCAAGUAUUGAGACCGACAAGGAGAGAUAUAUUACUGUGUUUGUUGACGUUAUCAUUCUCCUAUCUCCUAUUCUCAACUCCUGGAUCAACUACCACCCAAUCGGUAUAUCCUUCAUCGACAGGAGGAAAAUACAAGAUACCAAACUGGUUUUUUCCCUCUUCCCACUCAUCUUCUUCUUCUUUGUCUGGUGUAUGUGCUAUAGGUGGAGGAGAAAAGACGUUUGGGGAAUCGGUAAAGACCUUUGGGUUCAAUAUGAAUACGAAUAUAGAUGAUGAUGAUCUUCCCAUUGGAGGAGGGAAUGGUAAAUCAUGGGAUGGAGGUGAAGAACAACAAGAGGAUGAUGAGUUGCAAGGCUUGACGACGGAUUUGAAAGCCCAUGCACCAGGAUGGACAAUAAUUGAGAGACUGUAUAUAUACAAUGGCAGUUUCUAUGCGGUAACUGAUGACCCAGCUCAAUGGCCCGAGCUCAGGAUGAUGACCUCGACCGGUCUACCUGCCAAUAGUGAUCCCGGAAAUUCAGAAGCAAGAGAACCAAAAGGUGAUGAGAUCAUCUUCAUCUCCCCUUUUGAGGCUAUGAAGCUCUGGGGUCCGAGGGUAUGGAAGAUGGAUGGAAUGACUUUCUUAUUCAAUGAUGGGCAGUUCAUCGACCAUUAUUAUCAUUUCGCUGCGGAACUCAUGCUUGGCGCUUGGAGAGCUUAUUCGUCAUAUGAUCAACAUGUAACCGCUAAUGGGGAAACAUCAUUACCUCCUCCUCAGAGGGUUUGGUUCUUGCAUCAGAAUGUUACGGAAUGGCGGGAUAAACCCAAAUUCAAUCCCCUUCUCAUGUACUCCCUCUUCCCCUCAAUCUCGAUAUUCUACCCAGAAGAUUGGGCCGAUAUGAAGAACCAGACCACCUCCUCAGUACCCAAGGCAUUUGUACUUGAACGAGCGUUGUUAGCGGAUCGCUCAGCAGCUUUCAGAGGUGAAUGGACUGGACCCACAGCAAGGACUGUUGCAUCUGCACUACACGUCGGCCAAGCUUCCAGAUGGUGGUGGGAACCUAUCCGAAGACAGGUCCUAAGAUAUUCGGGAUUGUCCGAACCGAUUAUUUCAAGAAAUCUCGAAGGUCACGGUGCAACUGAUCCAAUUUCAUUGAUGGGUCCAGGAGUAGAUGUCGUUGAACCUCUCGCACCUGAAGGAAAUUAUACGCCCGUCAUCACCUAUAUCUCGCGACAGAGCUCACGAAGAAGGUUGACGAAAGAGUCCCACGAGGAAUUGGUGAAAGCUCUGGAAGAGAGGUCAAAGAAGCUGGGUUGGGAAUUGGUCAUUGUAGAAGCUGAGAAAAUGUCAAAAGAAGAACAGUUCGCUUUGGCUGGUAGAACUACCAUCAUGCUCGGUGUACAUGGAAAUGGUCUAACGCAUUUACUUUGGAUGCCAGCUACACCCAGGAGUGCGGUGAUAGAGAUGUUCUUCAAAGGUGGAUUCGCAAGAGAUUAUCAAUGGACAGCCCACGCAUUGGGGCUUAAGCAUUUCGCGGUUCAACAUGACGUUUCCUUCACCUCGCCCAACUUACCCAAAGUAGAUUACCCAGAAGGUUUCCAGGGGACGAGCAUAACGGUCGUUGGGAAGGUAGUAGCAGAUCUGAUCGAAGAUAGAUUAGCAGGGAGAGUGUAG